AACAGGUGUUUAAGAAAUGAAAGUGAAAUGGAUUUAAUUGAAACUUUAGGACUAAUCAACGCUAAUUUCUUGAAAGUAACAAUUUAUAUAAAAAUUGGAAAUGAGGUGAAUAUGUGAAAAAUAUACUAUCAUGGGUGCUAGCCACUCUCUGGAUUGUAUGAGCAAAAAAUCAAAGGAAAGGAAAAAGCAACUAGACAAAAAUGGAAAGUCACUAGCUGAUACUGUCACCAGUCACAGAGACAAUGUUGAUGGUCUACAGAGGAAGGGAACCAGGCUGGUGUCCCGUGUCAGUACCAGGGACAGGGCACUUGUUGAAGGAAGGAUUGGUUCCUCUGAGAAGAAAUUUGGAGACCUUGUGGAUCAGGUGGAGAAGACAAAGAGACAAUAUGACAUUAUAGAUCAUAACUUAGAUGACAUCAGAGAGGAGGUCGACCAGUACCUAGCAUGGUUAAAAGAAAAGGAGGACCUCCUAACUAGGGAGACACCUAGAGGUUACAGUGUCAAAGAGGCUGAGGCUAAACUGGCCAAAAAUAAUGAUCUGAGGAAAGAAUUAGAAGAGAAAAGAGCAAAUCUUGAAAAUGUUAAACAAAAGUCUGACAGUCUUAUACAGGAUUUGUCUCGUGUGGAACGUAACAUGGUGGAAAGAUGGAUAGCUAAGCUAACUACCGAAAGUCAAAAAGUCAUGGACAUUGUUGAUAGCCAGAAUAAUGCUCUUGCUGAACAGGCAGGAGAAAAAGCCUUGUUUCAGGAAUCUCUUGACAAAGUCAAUCUCUGGCUGCAAGAUAAGGAACUGGAAGUCCAGAAAUUACAAGGUGUCCGUCUGGCAUCUGGUGAUGUGGAAAAACAGGUUGAUAAAUGCAAGACAUUACAAUCAGAAGUCAAUGCAUAUCAGCCUCAUUUAGAGAACCUACGCAAAAUGGUGGAACCGUUGUUGUUGGAUUGUUCUCCUGAACUAGCUGCUGAACUAAAACACAUGAUGUCAGAAGUAGAGGAUAGAAAUGAAGGUCUCCUCUCUGCCUUGAAACAAGAGCAAGGUCAGCUGAAAGAUCAUGCAGCAGCUAGGAAAUUGUUUGAGACCGAUGUCCAGAAAGUUGACCGAUGGGUUAAAGAAACGGAGAUCUCAUGUUCUACAGAACCUAACCUUGAAUGUGCAAUACAAGUCUUAGCAGAACAAAAUAAACAUUAUAAGAAUUUACAGAACACAUCCCAGUUAUUUGCUUCACUAGUCAAAGAAGUAGAAGACAGAGGUGCCAUAUUUUUACCAGAUAUUUACGAAGCUGACAAAGUCAAACUUGAAGGAACAUUGAAAUCAACAAGAGAAAAGUAUAACAGAGUUGCUGCCCUUAUCAAAGACAGAGCUGACAACACAGAGACUGCACUGCAAUCUAGAUCUCAGGUCCAUGACAGUGUGACAGAGGCUACUGAUUGGCUGAGCAAUAUUCAGGAUGAAAUUAAACAAUUACAGGGAACACCUGUAGGUCCAACAACAGAAGAUGCCAACUCACUGCUAGAGAAAUAUGAGGAUAUCAGUGAAAAGAUUGCAAACUUCCAACCUUCAAUAGCCCAGCUGAACCAGGCAGUAGAAAGAUUAAGAAGUAAUGGUCAGAAUGUUGAGGCAGAUGAGAUAUUACAGCUCACGUCACAGUACGAGAUGGCCAUGGAUAAGGUGGAACAAGAAAGUACAAAAUGUAAACAAGCUGUGGCAUUCAGACAGAACUAUGCCACACAGAAAGCCCAGUUAGAGGCUGCUGUACAGGAGUGUGAGGAUGAGAUAAACGAGGUGGCUCAGUCAGGCAUGCCUAUUAGUGAAAGGAUUGAAAGAUUCAAGGCAAUAUCAGAGAAACUGCAGUCCACAGAACCAUUGUUUAUGGUCGUCAGUGACAAAGCCCAGCAACUGAGUGUUGAGUCAGGUGAAGAUGCUCGACCAAUCACAGACAGUGUUCAGCAUUUGAAAUCUCACAUGGACCAAUUAAAGAAGGCAGCUGGUCAGAAAACAAAACAAUGCAACCAAGUACAAAAAUCCCGAGUUGAGUUUGAUAAAUCUAUGGAUCAUGCUAUUUCAUGGUUAGAACAAAAGGAGGAUAUUCUAGCAUCUUGUACCGCACAGGAAAUGGAACCUGACAAGGUCAUGGGGUCAUUACAGAAACAUAAUGCCUUAGCAAGGGAGGCAUUAGAUAAGAUAGCUGCUGUUAAAGACCAGGCUAAGUUAGAGAAAGCUCAUUACGAGAAGAUGGGAGAACCUAUUCCAGCUACCAUGCAGGAUAAACUCAACCAAAUACAAAGUCUGGAGGAUUCUAUCAAGGAAGCAAUUGCAAAGAAGGACAAUUACUUAGAAGAGGCUAAAACAGACAGAAUGCAGUUUGAGAUGUCAAUGAAACAGAUAAAUGAUUGGACAAGUGGGGCUGAGGAAAUGUUAGACUCUGGUUAUGAUGGACUAGAUUAUGACACCUUAACAGACACACUCAGUGAACAUAGAGACUACUUUUCUGAAGCCAGCAUGUGUCAGGAUGAAAUGGAACAAGUCAUGGAGUUAUCAGAGCGUCUCCUCCCCACAUUAGAUAAUAAUGAUAAGGAGACAUUACGACAAACAUUGAAAAAUACAAAUAAAAAGUUAGCUGAUGUCAUGGCGGCCUCACAGAGACGCCAACAAUCAUUAGAAAAACAUGCAGAGGACUGGCAAGACUAUAAGGACAUGGUAUUUAAUGUGACUGAACAACUACAAGACUUGGAAGAACAGUGGGCCACAUGUGAACAGCUACCUGUUGCUAAUCCAGUCAUGGUCCAACAACAGCUGGCAAAGUCAAAAGAUUUCCUCGCCAAAGUUGAGGAAGUAAGAAGUGCAAUGAGUGAAAUCAAUGACAAGUCACAUGACCUAGACAAGGAUGGUAAUGCUGGUAGCCGAUCCUUUAUAAAUCAACUAGUUGACGAUCUCAAUGAUAGAUAUAAUACAUUAACUACUACCACAGAAAAUAAACAAAUGACUCUACAGAACUUGAAGGGAACAUGGGAUGAGUACACCACCCUUUUAGAAGAUGUUGAGAAUCUAGUAAACACCGCUGAUCAAAGACUACCUACCAUAGAGGUAGAAUCAGCUCCUAACCAUGAACUACUGACACAUCUCAAUGAAACAAAGAACAUCUGCACUCAAAUCCAAGUGAGUGAGCCAAAGAUAGAGGCAUUGAAGAGAUGUACAGAGAACUUACAGAGGAGUCUACCUACUGCUGAAGCAAAGAUUCACACACAAGAGAAACUCAUGAAUUUACUCGAAAAAUUGGAAAGAAUACAAGAUAAUGCCAAUGAGUACCAUGUAGCCUUACAAGAUGAGGUAGAUGACAGAGGAGCAUUCCAAACUGAGGCUGAUCAGACUGUUCAAUGGUUGGCUGAGGCUAAAAUGGAGCUAGAGAGACUGGAUCCUGGUAAAGAGGUCGCUGAUGUUGUAGAAAGAAUAGAAAAGCAGAAGGUAUUACAGCAAGAAGUUGCCAUACGCAUGGACCAAAUGGAGCAAGUUGCCCAACAAAAGAAGGCCAAAUACAAUGCAUUAGGCAAAGACUUGCCAGAGGAACUUCUCAGACAAAUAGUAGAUAUGAAAGCACUAGAAACAGAUGUUGCCACUGUGAUGAAGACAAAAGGGGAGGAGUUACAACAUAUCAAGGCAGAUAGAGAGGAAGUCACUUCCUCCCUGAAGGAUGUCUCCCUAUGGCUGACUGAUGCUGAGCUCAGACUACAGGAUAGAAUCAUAAACAUUCCUGAUAGUAUUCAUAAUUUACAAGUGUUACAGUCUGAAUUUGAAGAUAUUAAACCUGUCUUGGACAAGUUACGUAAACGGGGGAGUGAUUUGAUUCAACAUACUCCAGAUUCUAUAGAGAAGCAGCUUGUCCAAAAAGCUUUAGCUGAUACUAAUCGUCAGUGGCUAGCAGUACAAGGCAGAACUGCCGAAAGGUCACGAAGACUUGAAGACGCUAAGGAUCUUUUACAGAACUUUGAUGAAGUUGCCGAUUCUUUAGAGAAGUGGUUACCAGGGGCUGAAUCACUUGUACAGAAAGAUGCUUCUUGGAGUAACUUUGAUACUGUGAAAGAACAGUUGAAACAGCAACGGGUAAGGAUUUUGAUUGUAGUAGAAUUAUUAGAAAAGAUGCAGUGUGAAGUUUUUGCUCAAAGUCUUAUAGAACUGUUUAGGAUGGCUUAA